GAAUCUACAGGUGGGUAAUGUUUGUAGCAGUGGGGCUUGUCACCAUGUGAUUGCAUGUGGUGUGUCUCCUCCAAGUAGACCCCCUCUGCUCCAAUGCUUCACCAUGAUACAUCCCACACUUACUUCUCCAUGAAGGUGCAACAUCUUCUUCUUGCUGGUUCAUUUCUCUUCUCUGCACUCUGAUCACUUGGUAGCUGUUUCCUAACUCUGAUACCUACACAAUCUUUCACAUGAUCUCCCCAUGUGCAUCCAUAUGUGAAGAGCCACUUGUUACUCACCACUGUAGACCUCAGCAUAGGAGGCUCUUAUCCCAAAAGACAGCUAUUUUUCUGUGUUCUUCUUCUUCCCCUUGACUAAGGGAAAGAUAUUGAAUGUGAGAGAGAGAGAGAGAGGAAGCAAACAAAAGAGGAGUACCAUGAUCUGCUAGUGCCACAUGCAAUGCUUUCAAGAACCCACUUCAUAUACAUCUCAGCGUGUGUAGCUGCCUUCUCUCCCUCCUGCCUUUUGUCUUUCAGUGUCGCAGCCAUGCAAGUCACAGAAGCAUUCAAGCAUGCUUUCCUCAAGCAAAUGCUGCUUGGCUUCCAGGCAUCUGCGGUGUCGACCAAUAGCAUGGGAAUCCAAGAGAGGAAGAACGCCAUCAAGCUCUCGGCCGACGUCGCCAUGGCCGUCGCCAGGGGCAGCAGGAAAUGGACUCGUGGUCUCAUCGCAGGCAUCUCCGAGGAGCAGCAGAACCGGUCCUUCCUUCAGCUUAUCCUGGGAGAGCAGUACGAGAGGAGGCUGAUGAAGCCAUGCUAUAGCUCGUGGAAGAUCCCAAGAUGCAGGAAGAUCGUGCGGAGGAGCCUUAGGGUUUUCUGUAGGAGGCAAAAGAAGAAGAAGAACCAAAGUGGUGUUCUUGCGAGGACGUUGGUGGAGAAGAGAACUCAACAGCUCAAAAGACUUGUGCCCGGGGGUGAGUCCAUGGAUGGGUUCUCCUUGUUGGAUGAAACCUUAGACUACGUGCUCUCUCUUCGAGCUCAGGUUGAUCUGAUGCAAAGCCUUCUCACGACCGUCGAAUCCUCAAAGCUCAGAUCUCACAGUAAACGCACGCUGCCUGAAAGAAAAGCUUCAUACGUUGGCAAAUGAGGUCGAUGUGGUUGGAGGCUGAAAGGCUGUGGGAAGGCCAAAGCUUAUACUGUAGUGGAAUGGGAAGAACAUGUUCUCUGGAGGAAGUACAUGAGAAGAAGGUGAUGCCUGUGUCAGCUUCCUUGUACUGUUCACUCUUCUAAGAGUGGUGAAGAUGGAAGGAGAUCUCAAUUGAACCCAUGAUCAUAUGCUUGCAUGGCUCUGUCGGUUUGUACUGCAGGAGGAGAGAGACAUUAAGGGAGUGAUGUUUCUUUCGCUUGUUAAUUAGUGUAAGUUGCUUAUAAUUAUAUCCAAGAACUCCUCAAAUUAAGCAUUCUUUUCUUAAGAUGCACA